CGAUUCUUUUUUCGUUCAGCUGCGAGAAAGAUUGGGUCCUGCAGGCAGCCUCAUCGAGUCUAUAAUAUCAGCGAUUUUCGAAAUCAUAAAAUCGGUAAUAUGCAUACAACCAGAGAAGGACACUUUCAUCGAAAUCGGGUGCUAUUUCUACAGAGCAUCCAUGAUCAUAAUGGAGCUCCGCACAAACUACAAUACUCCCACAAACACCGUAGAAAUCCUCCAAUCCCUCCAAAAAAAAGUCGAACUCGCCAAAAGCUUCACCACAAAAAUCGAAAAAAACGUGCACACAAUGAACUCCUCCGAAAUCAUAACCACAGUGCACCAACUCGAAGGCCUAGUCAAAAGCUUCGGAGAAAACCUCAACGUGAUACCGCUAUCGACGUACGGGAAUCAAGAAUAUGCUGACAAGGCAGCCAAGUCACUGUCCAAGGAAAUGAAGGAGGCCUCGUUUUCUGUGGCGGGCCCCACUUCUCGAGAAAUAGAAACAGAUCUCUACGCGGUCGAUGCCGAUAUUUCUGCUGUGAAUAUUCAGUUAUCCGAUUAUCCAUCUCAGACAUAUUCCACUCCUGAUUAUAAUAAUAUUAAUAGUCGAGAAAUAUCGGCUGUUUUGGACAGAAAUAACCUUGCAUUGCCGCAGCUGGCUCGGUAUAUGGAACCGCUAUACGAGACUUUCUACUGUCCUUUAACAAAAACGGUUAUGGAAGAUCCCGUUACAAUCGAAAGUGGUGUGACUUACGAAAGAAGAGCAAUUAGCGAUUUUUUCGACAAAUUCGAAGAUCAAAACGAACUCGUGUGUCCAAAAUCAGGCAAGAGUAUAAAGAGCAGAAAUUUGAGCACAAACGUUGCUCUAAAAGCAACGAUAGACGAGUGGAAGGAGAGAAACGAGGCCGCGAGAAUUAAGGUGGCGCGUGCAGCUCUCUCAUUGGCUAGCUCAGACAACAUGGUACUCGAAGCGAUCGAUGAUUUGCAAAGCGUGUGCAGAACUAAUCCGUACAAUAAAGUACAAAUUCGCAGCAUCGGAAUUAUUCCUUUGCUCACAAAAUUUCUCGAGUACAGAAGCAGAAGCAUAAGACAGGUUACUUUAGAACUGUUGAAACAGUUGGCUGAGGACGACGAAGAAGGGAAGGAAAUUGUUGCGAAAACAGUUGAUAUUUCGACGGUUAUAAAGAUGCUUUCGAGUAGUCACACGCCGGUUAGGCAUGCGUCUGCGUCGCUUUUAGUCGAGCUUUCGAAAUCCCGUUUUUUCUGUAAUGAAAUAGGGGCAGUGGCCGGAGGUAUUCUGAUGUUGACUACGGUCAAAUACAGACAGCCGUUGGAUUCUUUCGCCUCGGAAAAAGCUGACGAGAUCUUGAAGAACUUGGAGAAGCUUCCGGAUAAUAUCAAGCUCAUGGCCGAAAACGGAUAUUGGGAACCCCUUCUCACUCAUCUACUUGAAGGUAAUGAAGAGAUGAAAAUGGAGAUGGCAGUUUACCUAGGAAAAAUCAUUCUCGGAUCAGAGAGCAAAACCUACGUAGCCGAAAGGGCUUCUCCGGCAUUAAUCGAAAUGGUCAAAACCGGAAAUUCUCCGAGCAGAAAUGCAGCAUUCAAAGCACUGCAACAAAUAUCUUCACACAAUCCAAACGCCAAAGCACUCGUCGAUGCCGGAAUACUGCAAAUCAUGAUCGAAGAAAUCUUCACACGAUCAUCAACCCACAACGAGGAAAUGAGUUCAAGAAACGAGGCUGCUCUAAUACUAGCCAACGUACUCGAGUCGGGCCUUGAUCUCGAGAAUUUCCAGGUCACCACGCACGGACACACACUCGCCUCGGACUACAUAGUGUACAACAUAGUAUCAAGAAUCAAGAACUCAACCCCCGACAAACUGAACAUAAACCUAAUCAGAAUCUUGCUCUGUUUGAUCAAAUCCGAUAAAGCCUCGAGUACUAUCGUUUCGGUUGUGAAGGAAAUGGAAGCGAGCUACGAUUUGAUCGACCUGAUUAACAAUCCGAACGAAGAACUCGGGAUUAAGUCAAUCAAGCUGCUUAUCACGCUCGCGGGUUUUAUGGGGCACACCUUAUCGGACAGGCUGUGUAAAACGCAAGGACAGCCUCAAAGCCUAAUCGCUAAUCCGAACGAAAUUACUACAAUCACGGAAAAACACGCGGUUUCUGCUAACUUCUUGGCCAAGCUACCUCAUCAGAACCUGACGUUGAACCUAGCUUUGGUCAACAGCAAAACUAUACAAGCAGUUACGACAAGCAUCGCUCAGAUAAAUAAAACCGGUACGAGAUCGAGCAGGCACACAAGUUCUUAUUUCGAGGGACUUGUCGGAAUUCUCGUCAGAUUAACAACGACGCUGUACGACCAUCAGAUUCUGCUCACGGCGAAAACCCACAAUUUCGCCUCGCUUUUAACCGAAUUACUGACAAGAUCUUUCACCGACGAAGUUCAGAAAUUAUCCGCUAUCGGGCUAGAGAAUCUGUCGAGACACUCGGUGGCUCUGUCGAGGCCUCCACAGAGGAAGAAAAAAAACAAGAUUCUAAAACUCUCGUUUUUUCGGAAAUGCAUAUCGAUUAAUUUAUCGAAGGACGAGAGUACUUUCUCUUUAUGCCCUGUUCACAGAGGGGUUUGUUCCUCGCAAGAAACGUUCUGCUUGAUCGAAGCGGAGGCUGUCGAGAGGCUGCUUUCGUGUUUGGACCACGAGAAUGUCGAGGUGGUCGAGGCGGCUCUAUCGGCUUUAUCGACUUUGUUGGAAGACAAAGUUGACGUGGACAAGAGUGUCGGGUUUUUAUCCGAGAGAAACGCUGUACGACAUGUGUUAAAUGUGGUGAAGGAGCAUAAGGAAGAGGGGGUUACGAAGAAGGCGUUUUGGGUGAUCGAGAGGUUCUUGAUGAAAGGUGGCGAUGAUUCGGUUUCGGAUAUAUCGAGGGAUAGGUUACUGCCUGCUACGUUGGUUAGUGCAUUUCAUCACGGGGAGGGUUCGACCAGAGAAAUGGCGGGAAAAAUUCUCAGGCAUUUGAAUAAAAUGCCUGAUUUAUCCAACACACUAACCUUUACCAAGUAAAUUAAAAAUAU